AUGUCAGCUCCAUCUGUUCCUAGCAAGCCUCAACACUCGCGCCAUGAUACUGCGCUGAUUCAUGGUCUGUCGACCUCGGAGGUCCAAGCCUUGUCCGAGGCAUGUAUUGAAGCCAAGGAGAGAGCUUAUUGCCCAUACUCCAAAUUCAGAGUCGGUGCCUCCCUGCUUCUGAAGUCAGGCGAGAUCGUUCGCGGUGCAAAUGUUGAGAACGCAGCAUACCCUGUGGGUACCUGCGCCGAACGCACUGCCCUCGGCACAGCAGUAGUCGAAGGUGCACGACGAGGAGACAUCCGCGCUUUGGCUGUUGCCACAGACAUCUCGCCACCAGCCAGCCCUUGCGGCAUGUGCAGACAGUACAUCAGAGAGUUCUGCGAGGUAAGUUUUGGAAGUCAAAAGAGAGUUGAAGAUGGAAGGAGGAACUAUGCUGAUAAUGGACUANNGCCUUCAAUGCCCAUCUUGAUGUAUGACAAGGACGGCAAAUCAACAGUGCUUACUCUGGAGCAGCUGCUGCCCAUGAGCUUCGGACCAGAGAGUCUGCCUAUGCAUUAA